AUGGCGAACUGUAGCGUUGAUGAUACUUUCCAAUUACCAUGGAUUGCAAAAUUUUUCCAUUCCUUUGCGCACGUUAAUUUUUAUUUUCAUAAUGUUUCAUCUGUUUUUGCUCCUACUCUUCAAGAUUACCAACAGGCAUUAUUCCUUUAUGCUUUGGGUCCAUGCCUUUUUGGUGGUCUUCUAUUUCUUAUCUUCUGUGGACAUUUCUUGGCAAGUUGGUGUUCCUGUGAUAAGCACCAAAGACCUCAAGCAAAAUGUGUGAUAGCUUUGCGAUGCAUUGUUCUGUUUACAUCUGUUUUGUGCAGUGGUGCAGGAAUUGCAGGAUUUGUCUUUAAUGAAACAAUAGAUGAAGGAGUAACAGGAGUGCUUGCAGCAGCAGAAAAUGUGAAUGAAAGUCUCAUAGAAAUAGAAACAAAGGUUGAUUUUGUAAAAGAUAAGCUGAUAGACAUGGACAGCAUCCUCCUUGAUGCUAAAUCAGACUGUGUGGGAUUUUCUAUUGGUGAAGAGUUGAUAGAUAAAAUUAGAAUCUACUUGGAAGGCAUUGUGACCAGUUUAGUGAGAAUAAAGAGAGUUAAUCUUCCUCCCAUAAAUGGAGAUAUCCAUGACAUUGAGUAUUACAGACGGUGGACUACAUUUGGUACAAUGUGUUUGACCACUCUUGCUUGUGUGCUCAUGAUUUAUGCAAUUUUAAGAAGGAGCAGAUGUGGAUUUGUACUAGCCAUAUUAGUUGGAAUCAUCUGCCUCCUAAUAAUCUGGUGUGGUGCAGGAGUUGAUUUGGCUUUGGCAGUUGGUAUGUCUGAUCUGUGUGUGAAUCCUAAAGGAACAGUUAAUUACUACGUCAAUAGUCAACCUGUGUUGAAAAAUACUGGUGUUGUGAAAUACUAUAUGGACUGCCCACUGGAUGAACAUAAUCCAAAUCAAAAGUAUGCAGAUAAGGCCAAGGAACAUUUGGAGGAAGCUUUAAGAACAUUUCUUAUUCUUAUGGAGCGAGCACAUGAAUUGAAAGAUCAUUUGCCUCCUGAGUGUGAAGAUAAUCUUUCGAAAGGUGACUGGGACUUGCACCAGUCACAAGAAAGUGUGUCCAUUAUAGCCAAGAAUCUUGACUGUGGAUAUGCACAUGAGCAAUUCAAGUGUGCCCAGUACUCUGUGUGUUAUUACAUAGUGGAGGGUGUUGCUGAACUGUUUCUUAUGACUCUUCUAAUUGGGUUUUUCCUCAUCAUUAACCUCACUCUGGUGCUGCCCAUAUUACUUAGAACUCCGUCAUCCAAGGGUCGAAAGCACCGUAGCAUUUUACACGUGUGUGGCUCUGACUCCCCUAUUGGAACUCCUUACCAGUCUAUUUCGGAAGAAGAUCCCAGAACGGAGUCUGUACCCCUCAUUCCCAACGAUCUGCAGACACCAACGUACAACGCCAUGCACCGGUCCUCAAUGGAGUUUCAUUCCUUCGAGGAUUCGUGGAAACCCGGGCGUUUCAGUUCAGUAGGAGCUAAUCCGUUGUUAACUGCUGCUUCUCCGCCAUCAUCAUCAGAUGUAUCCUCCAACACUGACCUUCCAAACAUAAGAGGACGAGGCGAGAUCAACAGUAUGGCGUUCUGAAAUAAGACAGUGACGUCAUCCUCUUCGCCUGACUUUUCUGAGAAGCUUUAAGAUGUAUCACUUUGCGGGAAAACUUUUGCAAUACACGUUUGCAGCGAAAAAUUUUAAAACUUGUUAAUACGAAAGCCGAAAAGGGUUACUUAAUCAUUCAUGCCUACUUUUUAAGGCUAUUUAGAGUCUUUUGAACAUGUAGAUAGAUAGAUCUAUCGGCUAACGCAUAGAGCGUUUUUAUCAAAAAGAUCUUGAUUGUUUUAUAUUGAAAGUUAGCGGAGGCAUCUAUAUUUUUUAAUCUAAAUUAUUUAAUUAUUUAUGACAAUCAGGUGUGAAUACCUGUACGAUAAUUUUUAUACGAUUUAAUGACAGAUCGAUUGCAUGAAGUAUUUAGAGAUACAUGUGACAUUCUGUUUUUCUUGAUCGUAGUAAAAACUUUUAUUGAAUGUUGAGAAUAUAACUUGAUAUGGAGUACCACUUUUUUGGAAGCAAAUAUUUUUAUUUUAUGGUAAUGGAACGUCACCUGAGGUUGCGUGCAAACUGCAGUAUGACAUUUGUAAUAUUUGUGCAAAAGGUAGAAACUUUUUAGAAUAGAGAUGGCUGCUAUAAAGGACCACUUGGUAUAGAAAAGUGUCGAGGAUUUCUUCGGAAGAGAUGACGAAUGUAUGCGGGUAUGUUUCCGCUUCAUUUGUCGUUGAAACCUAAAUUUUACCUCUUCAACUGAUAUUAGUCGCAGUAUAAUGUGAUUAAACUAUUCUUGAGAAAGCUAUGGGAGUAAUUGUAUAACAGACUUGAACUUGUCCGUAAGACUAGUAAGUCAUCUCCAUUAAAAUAAAGUUAUG